ACAGAGCGCCUGUUGCCGUCCGUGGUUGACCUAGUCGGAGUCGCCGGCGUCCCGCUGCAAGAUCACGCCUUUUUCAUUUUUCCAGCCGGUUUCCGAUCGUCUUUACUGGAGCAAGAUGGAUCCAAUAAGUCAAAAUCAUCCCUUCCAAUUCUUUAUCCGAUCCCAGACUGGAACCCAAACCAUAACCUUUGAUCCUUCAAAAUCGGUAACUCUUCGCUAUCUCAAAUCUUCCAUCCUUUCUGAAUCUCAUUCCCUCUCCUUUUAUUUCACUCUUAAUGGCAAACCCCUCUCCGAUUCGACACCUCUCCCCAAUCCCCGAAUUGCGCCUCUUUCCACUCUCGUUUUGCUGCCUCGCAUCCCAGGUGGCGGUGGCGAUGGCGGAGCAACGGGGGCAGAGUCUCGCGAUUGCUACCUUAACAUGUACGCCGAGAAGAAGCCCGACAAGGUCGAUCCCAACGAGCAGAGGCUAUCCAAGUGGUUGAAUUGUGCGUUGUCUAAUGAACCCCUGAAGGAGCCCUGUGUUAUCGAUAAGCUAGGGAAUAUUUUCAACAAGGAAGCUCUCGUGGAGGCUCUUCUGGUGAAGAAAUUGCCUAAAGAGUUUGGCCACAUAAAGGGUUUGAAGGAUAUGGUAAAUAUAAAAUUGUCCAUGAUUCCUGGGAAGGAAUUGGAUGCUGAUGGUGCCAGGUUUCAGUGCCCGAUCUCCGGUUUCGAGUUUAACGGAAAGUACAAAUUUUUUGCAUUGAGAACUUGUGGGCAUGUAUUGAGUGCAAAGGCAUUGAAGGAGGUGAAGUCCUCUUCUUGUUUGGUGUGUCACGAGGAUUUUGCAGGGUCAGAUAUGUUUCUGAUCAAUGGUAACGAUGAGGAGGUGGCAGCUUUGAGGGAGAGAAUGGAGGAGGAGAAGGCAAAGAUCAAGGACAAGAAGGCAGCAAAGAAGGUAAAGAAUAAUGUGGAAGUUGGUGUCAAUGGUAAGGAUGAAGAUGCUGGAUUGGAUUCAUCGCGAGGGACAAAGAGGGUGCUUGAUGUUAAGAAUGUGAAGGACCUGAAGGAGAAGCAAGGUAAUGAGAAGCUUGAGAAUGCCAUUAAUGGAGCCAGUAAUGGAGCUGUGAAGAGGUUUAGAGCCGCAGAUAUGGCACCACCUAAUGCCACAAAGGAAGUCUAUGCCUCGAUAUUUACUUCAUCAAAGAAGUCUGAUUUUAAGGAAACGUUUACAUGUAGAUCUCUUCCACUUGGUCGAAAUUGAUUGUUCAAGGUCUAUUCUGGUGCAGGACAUCUUUCUUAAGGUGAUGUCUAUUGUCUUAGUGUGAUGCCUUUUAUCAGCUGUAAUUUGCAGUUAAUUUAUAGAAAAUUUUCAUGUAUUUGAUAUUAACUUGCCUUAAUUGUAUUGUCCAACUUUUAACAAAUGAAAUAUACUUUA